UGUAAGAAUUGAAUCAGUUAAUACAUAAUGAAGUUCUGAGGAGAGUUCCUGCAUAGUGCAGUGCUGUGUGAGUGUUCACUUUGCAGUCAAAUCCUCUACCCCCUGAGUGUUCACUUUGUGUUUCUGUUUUUUGGAGGGUUUUUUGGAGAUGGAAUUGUGCUCUUGCUACCCAGGAUCGAGUGCAAUGACGGAAUCGGCUCACUGCAACCUCUGCUUCCCUGGUUCAAGCAAUUCUCCUGCCCCAGCCUCCCUAGUAGCUGGGACUACAGGUGCCUGCCACCAUUCCCAGCUAAUUUUUGUAUUUUCAGUUUCACCAUGUUGGUCAGGCUGCUUUUGAACUCCUGAUCUCAGGUGAUCCACCUGCUUCUGCCUCCUGAAGUGUUGGGAUUACAGGCGUGAGCCACUGUGCCCAGCCGUAUGAUGUCAUCUUAAGGAAUUAUGUCUGCAAAACCCUAUUUCCAAAUAAGGUUCCAUCUUGAGGUUCUGGGUUGACAUGAGUUUUAUGGGGGACCCCAUUCAACCUAAUUCAGCCUCCUCAUAGGGUUGUUGUGAGGCUUAAAUAUUAUAGUACAUUGCAUGCUUAUGAUUUUCAUCUGUUCAGUUCUUUUUCCUUUAUUUCCUGGCCUCCAAUUACAGUGAACCAGCCUUUGCCUUAGCACAUGUGUAUCCCUGUUACUCCAACCUUGAGGCUCUUGGGGACAUGUCUGGUGUCUGCUUAUUGGCAGCUAAGGUGAACUCUGAAGAGAGAGGAUCAUACCUAGGAUAGUAUUUUCCCCAGAACCUGGACCAGGGCUGGAGGUGAGGAACAGGCUGCCCAUCUGCUGGGGCCCCUCAGACCAUUUCAGCUGGAGUCUGGGACAGACCUAUUGGCCAGCGGAGCUCAAUGCCCUAACACUCCCCCAUUCAACCCUGUUUUGUACUCCUCAGACCUUAGGUUGGAGAUGAGAAGGAAGAACCAUACCCCAAAGCCAUUUGGGAGUGGCUUGGCUUGGCUUGGUGUAGGGCAGCGGUCCCCAGCCUUGUUGGCACCAGGGACCAGUUUCGUGGAAGACAGUUUUUCCACAGAGUAGGGAGGAGGCAGAUGCUUUCAGGAUGACUGUUCUACUUCGGAUGAUCAGGCAUUAGAUUCUCAUAAGGAGCACACAACCUAGAUCCCUCACAUGUGCAGUUCAUAAUAGGGUUUGAGCUCCUGUGAGAAUCUAAUGCCACCCCUGACUCAACAGGAGGCGGAGCUCAGGUGGUAAUGCUCACUCACCUGCUGGCUCACCUCCUGCUGUUUGGCCCAGUUCCUAACAGGCCACAGACCGGUACCACUCUAUGGCCCGGGGAGUGGGGACCCCUGGUGUAGAGGAUGGGAGUGUGCUUGACUGGCUAAGGGGGGUUGGGUCUAGUUCCUCUUUGUAAGUACAAAUGCUGGGCUUUGCACACAAUGGUAAGAGGUUGCUGCCCCCACAUCCACUGUGCGUGUAUGGAGUUAUUUAUCCAGGCGUGGAUGGGGCAGAGUGGAGGAGGCAUAGUGGGGAUUGCACUGAUUCAUCACGUGGCUUCUAUCGGGUCCAGCUCACAGCCAACGUACAGAGCAAAGAUUGACCUCGUCGCCUUGCCAGCCAUCAGCAGGGGCAUGAGAAGUGCUGGCAUGCUGGCACAGCCUCUGGGGAAAGCAGUUUGGCCACAUAUUCAGGUCUACCAAUUUUACUACACUCUAACCUGGGAAUUCCAUUUCUUGAGACUGUCUAAAGAAUCCAUCCUGGGCGGGAGGAGUGGCAGCGGCCAGGCAGCCCAGUUUCGUAAAGGCUGUCAGCGCGCCGCAGCCCACAGACACCCAGCACGUGCCCUCCCUGCCGCCAGGAUGCCCAAGAGGAAGGUCAGCUCCGCUGAAGGAGCCACCAAGGAAGAGCCCAAGAGGAGAUCGGCGCGGUUGUCAGCUAAACCUCCUGCAAAAGUGGAAGCAAAGCCGAAAAAGGCAGCAGCGAAGGAUAAAUCUUCAGACAAAAAAGUGCAAACAAAAGGGAAAAAGGGAGCAAAGGGAAAACAGGCCGAAGUGGCUAACCAAGAAACUAAAGAAGAUUUACCUGCAGAAACCGGGGAAACGAAAACUGAGGAGAGUUCAGCCUCUGAUGAGGCAGGAGAGAAAGGAGCCAAGUCCGAUUAAUACCAUAUACCAUGUCUUAUCAGUAGUCCCUGUCUCCCUUCUUGUACAAUCCAGAGGAAUAUUUUUAUCAACUAUUUUGUAAAUGCAAGCUUUUUAGUAGCUCUAGAAACAUUUUUAAGAAGGAGGGAAUCCCACCUCAUCCCAUU